GUAAGUCCCUCCACAAAUCCUUGAUCCAAACACAACCAUUUAUCCAUUAGAAGUCCCCAUUGGUUCAUGCAUUGAACUGUUGGCUUUUCAAAACUCCAGAGCUGUGAUGCAAAAUCGCAGAAAAUCUUUAAGGUCUAUAACUCUUCACAAUUUGAUUUAAUGGAGCAUAUACUAUUUUGAGAAAAAAUUCACAAGGCUGCUUUCGCAUUUCGAACUCACAUCCAAAGUAAUUUCCUUUCGUAGAUAGACGCUCCAUUAAAUGAAUCCUAUAAAGAUACAGGUGCUUGGAGAGUUACUCGUUGGUGCAAAAUUACUUCAUAAAUUUGGCACGAGAAUGACUUUUCCCAUAUUUAACAGCAAAUUUGGUCAUCGCGACGACAUAAAAAUUUGACACGCCCAGUGCACUUGUUCUGAAUAGCUCUCCAUUUUCUAGAUCUAGCACUAGAAACUCAUGAGAUUGGGGUUACCGUCUGAAUAGUUUUUUGUGCUAAUUGCAACGUCCAGGUCAGUUUACUAUUGGUUCCCACCGUCCACCAACGGGGUCCAAUUAGGGUUCUAUUAGUAUUGUUAUUAUAGAAAUAGAAGUCACAAAGGUCAUCCAUUCCUGAUAAGUUGCAAACUUUAUACUGCAUAGUCAGUAACCACAGCCCCAGGAAUUGCCUAUUUCUGUUGUGUGACUGAAAAAUAAAACUUUACUCGUAGUGGUACUCUAUUAAAGCGAUAUAGAUAUAGCCAACGCUCAGAGCCAGAGGCUAGGCCUGUAAACCUGCAGAACAGAGUUUUGUCCAGCUCGACCUCGGCUCAUUUAUUAAACGAGCCAAAAACUUGAGCUAGUUCGAGCCUUAACGAGUCGAGCUUUUGUCGAACAAGCUCGGCUCUCGUUUACUUUACAAUUAGUAGUACUUUAUGGUCUUUAUUCGAGCGAUAUAGAUAUAGCCAACACUCGAGGCAUACAGUUUAAUACUCUAGUUGGAAGACCGUUUUAAACCAGUUUAUUCCUUUCGAAUUAGUGGGUAUACUAAGCCAAUGGCUGCAACGGCUGGCUACGUUCAAAAGUUAGGUGCUGCCGUCAAGAAAGUGGCGGGAAAGAGAGGGUCGAGUUGGUACACCCCUCACAUGGCGGCGGCAACUAGGGCAAUUAUGGAGCGGAUUCCGUUGGUUGAUCUGGUCGUUGAAGUCAGAGACGCAAGGGUUCCAUUGUCCUCGGAAUACGAGCUGUUGAGAAACUUCCCACAUUCUUUGAGGCACAUCAUACUCUUGAACAAGAUGGACCUAGCAAGUCGCCCGCAAUUGAAGGUGUGGAGAGCAUACUUCGAACAACAAAACUUGAUUUCUUAUGAAGUUAAUGCCCAUAAUAAGGAGCAUGUUAAGGAGUUCCUGAACUUUUUACAAGCUCGGGUUCGAGAAUUGACGAGGACUGAUCAUGCAAACCAUACCAUAACAGUAAUGCUUCUUGGGAUUCCAAAUGUAGGCAAGUCAGCCCUUGCUAACGCCUUGCAUCAAAUUGGCCGCAUUAGCGCUGCAGAGAAAGGAAAGUUGAAACAUGCAACCGUGAGUCCGUUGCCAGGGGAGACGAAAGAUAUCAGCAGCCUGAAGAUUGGUAGCCAUCCAAACAUCUAUGUCCUGGACACCCCUGGGGUACUGCCUCCUAUGAUUCCUGAUGCUGAGGUGUACUCCAAACUUGCUUUAACAGGAGCUAUUAAUGACUGCUUAAUUGGGGAAUCAGAACUAGCUCAAUAUUUUCUUGCAAUCCACAACUUGAGUGAUGAAUAUAAGAAAUGGGCAAAAUUGUCAAUGAAUCAUAGUGAAAAAAUAACAGUUGAUGGAAUGGAAACUUCAAGUGACUCCGAGUUGGACAAGAGACGGAAGCAGUAUGCAACAGAUCAUACCCAGGAUUUUGUGGUGCAUGAUGUUCGUCGUACUCUCUUUGAGACGGUUUCAUCUUUUCCUGGUAAUCCGGAAGCUGGAAAGGAUUUAGUGGAACUUAUUGAGGCACAAUUUUCAGAAUUGCAGAAAGCUUUUAAGGUGCUUGUAGACACACAGGCUCGCACCAAGGUUGCUGCCAAGUUACUUAAUUUGUAUAGAACUGGAAGGCUGGGGCAUUAUACAUUAGACUCUAUUCCGAGGAAUUCUUGAUGACCCUUUUCUUUGUAACAGUGUUAUUGUCGUCCUCAGUACAACUAAUUAAGUGUUUAUAUAAUUAUUUUACCA